CCUAUCUCUAGUUUAGAAUGGAAUAUUAUUUGUUUCAUUAGUACUUUAACGUUUAAGACAUUAACGUUAGUAAAUACAAAGACAUAUUCCCAUUUAAAGUGUGCAAUAUCGAAAAUGUGUUCACAUCAGAUCACGUUUAUCGUUCACUUAGUCACAUUAUAAAAGUAAAUGUCAAAAUUAAUUUCUUUUCCACAAAUUUUGUAUCACACGUGCUUUUACUUAUUACGUAAAAAUUAAAAAUGCCUCCAGUAACACCAUCAAAUGACCCUCGAAGUAAGUUAACCCUGAAACCUUUAAAUUCUCAGAAUAUCCUGUUUUAUUAUGCCCCUCUUCAGGGAGCACUAAGUUAUACAGCUUUAUCGGUGAACGUGAUGAAUCCUUCUUUGGUACUAAGGCUAUUCCCUAAAAGAGACAUUACAAACAUCUUAUUGUUUAACUCGUUAGUUGGAUCUGGAUUGUAUUUAUACAAUAGACCUCAUUUGCAAGUAGCUACAAAACAAAAACGAAUUUUAUAUAGUGCAUUUGGUGCUGUAAUGUUUUCUUUGGGAUCUGUCUUAACAUGGGCAAUUGUUAGAAGUGUAAUCCCUGAAAAUCUAAUCUUAUGCACUGCAGCAGGAAUUGGAUCUAGUUUGGCCCUUUUAAAAUUAGGACACUACUACAUUGGCCAUAUUGAUUCAUUAGUUAAAGUUUAAGGUUAAUUCUAUUUUUGUGUGUAAUUUAGUCAUUGUACUUCUAAUUUUUUAAGUUUUAACAUAUUUAUGUACAUACUAACUGUUGAAUAAAAGUACUGUUUUCAUUACAUGUA